UGGAUUGGCGAUGCGGUCGCAAGUGGAGCUGCGGAGUUGGGUUGGAGCCACGGCGAGGGGCCCGGGAUCGCCUAGGCGAGGGGGCGAGGCUGCUCUGAUGCACCCUGUGCUGAAAGCUUUUGUUUGUGGUUCCAUCAGUGGGACCUGCUCCACCUUGCUAUUCCAGCCUCUAGACCUGCUUAAAACCCGGUUGCAGACCCUACAGCCAUCUGUCAAUGGGUCGGGUCAUGUUGGAAUGGUCAGUCUGCUCUUUAAGGUUGUUCGCACAGAAAGCUUACUGGGGCUAUGGAAAGGUGUUUCUCCUUCGUUUGCAAGAUGCAUUCCAGGAGUGGGGAUUUACUUUAGCACCUUAUAUACGAUAAAGCAGCAGUUUCUGCUGGAUCAUUCCCCUACAGCUUUGGAAUUGGUUCUGCUGGGUGCCACCUCACGUAGCGUUGCUGUCAUCUGCAUGCUGCCUGUCACUGUAGUGAAAACACGAUAUGAGAGUGGAAGGUAUGGCUAUGAGAGUGUGCAUGGAGCCCUCAGAAAUAUCUACCGGUCAGAAGGAGUCCACGGCUUGUUUAGUGGCCUGACAGCAACACUCCUGCGAGAUGCACCCUUCUCUGGCAUCUAUCUGAUGUUCUACAUGCAGACCAAGAAGAUCAUACCUUAUGACCAGUUGGAUCCUGCACUCACACCUUUAGUGAACUUUGGCUGUGGAACUUUUGCUGGAAUUCUGGCAUCGCUGGCCACGCAGCCUGCUGAUGUCAUCAAAACCCAUAUGCAGCUGUCAUCUGAAAAACACCAUCGGACAAGAGAAGUCAUUUCUUUAAUUUUCAGGGAUUACGGGCUGGCUGGUUUCUUCCGGGGUGCCGUCCCAAGAGCUUUGCGGCGCACACUGAUGGCUGCAAUGGCAUGGACUGUGUAUGAGCAGAUGAUGUCAAAAUGGAUUUGAAAUCUUGAAUGACUUGUAUUCUUAUUCUUUCGCCACUCACUGUGAUCUGCUGGCGAGAUGGGAGCUGCGACCGGUUUCCCCCUAGAAGGAUGUCUCGUGCCCAUUGUGGGGAAGCACUGCAGAGUUACCAGGCCAAGAAAGCUUCACUCAUAGAAAUGAGAGUGGAGGGAAACACUGCUUUGGUCGUGAUGGUGAAAGCGUUCCAGGGAGACUGCGUCAUACCUGGGAUGUGAGAAGUGUAUCAGACUCUGGUGUUG